GACAUCUAGCAGCCGAUGGGUUUAUCAGUGUUAUCUCGGAGCAUUUUGGAGCACUGGGGAGCAUAACUGAUCAUAACCUUCAAAUAAUAUUCAAUAUUUUGCGACGAUGGCAAAUAAUCGGGAGUUAAUGUCAAUUGAAUAAGUUUAUUCAUUUAGACUAGAAUUUUUGGUGAUAUGGCGAGGUACUCGAGUGACUCUGAUUCGGAUCGGAGUGGAAAGUAUCGAAAGAAGCAUUACAGGAGAUCCAGAUCCAGCAGUUCAGACUCCAGCGACAGUUCCUCAUACCGUAAACGAUCCUCCAAAUAUUCCAAAUCACGAAGGCAUCGACGCUCUCGUUCGAAAAGCCGAGAUAAUCAGAGAUCUUCAAAAAGUUACAAGUCGUCUCGAGGGAGUUCGAGGGAUAGGGACAGGCAUAGGUACAAAUCUCCCGAGAGAAAUAAAAAAAAGACGAGAUCUGCUUCGAGGGAAAAAUCCACGAGUCGAUCCAGCAGUUCUCAGUCUUACGUCAAAUCGACGACCGAGAAGAACGUCAAUAUUCUGGCCAAAGGAUUCCUGGGGUUUUCACUUGCAGAUGAGUUUACCAUCGAGCCAAGAAUAAAUGAGAGCGUUCUGGAUGAAAUUAAUGCAUCGGGCUUCACUCAAAAGCAGUUUACGUCAUCGGCUCACAGCAAAGAGAAGAAAACAAACAAAAAUAUUGUGAUUGACAUAACUGCAGACACUAUUCAAGUACCUCCAGCUGUGAAAACCUCCUCGACGAUUCAUGAGAGUAUUUUUCAUACUUCUAUUAUGAUGGACCAAGACGCUCGUUUCGACAAAUGGGUAAAAAAGCUGUUCAACUUGCGACAGAAAGCUAUAGUAGAAUUAUUCUCAACUGCCACCUCUCAGUAAUAAUUAAUAUCAACUAACAAAAAAAUAUUAAACCCCAAAAUGUACAAAGCCAAAAUAAACUAAAUACCAACCAUAA